CCGAAGCGGAAGAAGUUCCGACAGCGAGAGAGAGAGAGGGGACGGGAGGGGAGGGGAGGGGAGGGGAGAGAACGCGAGAAACUAUGAUGCGCUGCGCCGCCGCCGCGCUUGCGGUCGCCCUCAUCGCUGCCGUUGCCGCCGCAACCGCUGCGGGGUCGCCGGCCGCGGGCACGUGCGCGCGGAGGGGCGCGCCGCCGUUCCUCGACGCCGUCGGAUCCCGCUGCCCCUUCGUCCGGAUCGACCCGUCCCCGCCUCUCGAGGUGAGAGGAGAGACUGUUGAUACUGAGUUGAACCUUCGAAGGAGGGGUGCUUCAUACUCCAUUCUCUUUUAUGCUGCAUGGUGUCCAUUUUCUAGCAAACUGCGACCAAUAUUUGGAACUCUCAGCACUAUGUACCCUCAGAUACAUCACUUUACUGUUGAAGAAUCUUCUGCUACACCAAGCCUGUUUUCAAGAUAUGGAGUCCGUGGUUUCCCAGCCAUUCUUCUUGUAAAUGAGACUACGAUGGUUCGAUAUCGGGGUUCAAAAGAUCUUAACUCUCUGGUCGAUUUCUAUAAAGAAACUACAGGUCUCGAUCCAAUUGCAUAUAUUGAUGUUGUUGAACAAGAGAGCACAGGAAGCUUGAGCUCAGUUAUGCCAUGGGAUCGUUCUAUUCGUGAAAUGGCCAAAGAUGAGAUGUAUUUGUUAGUUGCAGUUCUUUUUAUUAUCGUGAAGGUUGUAGCACACUUCAUACCUGUUGUCAUGUCUCAUCUGAGAGCUUUCUUAGUUGUUCGUGUCCAAAACUUGAACCUAGGGAUCCGUAGGGGAUCAAACCAGCUCCUGGAACGAGCCUUGAAUGUUCUUGAUGUAAGGAGGCUUUGGAGCAAGCUGAGGCUGAGCAAUAAGGCAACAGACUUGAGGAAGGGAGCAAAUAAUGCUCGAGCGUGGGCUUCCUCAUUUCCUUCUGUUUCACUGGGUGAACCGUCAUCUUCAAGACAAGCUUAGCCAUCUUAGAGAUGUUUGUUAGGGUAGCUGCUCACAUGUUUCUGUGCAAAACCAUUUAAUCUUUGCUCCCCACUGUUUCUGUGCAGUCAGGAAGGGGGGGAAACCUUGCAUGCAUGUAAAUUUUGAGGAAAUCAUGUGCUGUUGUAUAUUAGGAAUACCUUUGCAUUUGCUGGUGCCUAAUCUUUCUGUCUAUUAACCAGAGUUAUUUGGCAAUGUAUCAUGAACAUCUUUGUAGGGGUUUUUUAGGAUUUCUCUCUUGUUUGUGGUGUUGUUUUACUUUACACUGUAAUCUUCAUUAAAGAACUUGGUUUCACUUCGUUAUUAUACUCCAAUUUGAAGAGCU